AGUACCAGUGACUCCAGUGCCACCAUUGCCACCAGUACCACCAGUACCGGUGACACCAGUACCACCAGUAUCAGAGCUACGGUACCAUGGGCACCACCGGCACCAGCACCACCAGUAUCACCAGUACCACUAGUCCCAGUGACUCCAGUACCACCAGUAACACCAGUAUGAGGGCCACCAGUGCCACCAGUACCAGUGACUCCAGUACCACCAGUGCCACUGGUACCACCGGCACCAGCACCACCAGUACCACCAGUACCAGUGAAACCACUGCCACCAGUACCAGUGACUCCAGUACCACCAGUACCACCAGUACCACCAGUACCAGUGAAACCACUGCCACCAGUACCAGUGACUCCAGUACAACCAGUACCACUGGUACCACCAUUCCCAGUGACACCAGUACCACCACUGCCACCAGUACCAGUGACACCAGUACAACCAGUACCACCGGCACCAGCAUCACCGGUACCAGCAGUGCCACCAGUACCAGUGACACCAGUACAACCAGUACCACCGGUACCACCAUUCCCAGUACCACCAGUACCACCAUUCCCAGUGACUCAGCACCACCAGUACCACGGGUACCACCAUUCCCAGUCCCCCCAGUAUCCCCAGUCUCCCCUCUGGUAUCCGCUGGCCCCCGGCCGUUCUCCUCGGCGCUGUUUCCGGUUCUUUCUCCGCCUGUUCUGGGUUCCCCGUUCCGCGUCCUCCUCCCCGCCCGCGUCCCCUCCCCGGGUGCCGAAUCCUCGGCGGCGGUGGCCGCGGGUUUGUGGCCGUGGUGGCGCCGGCGCCCCGGCUCCGGUUCCGGUUCCGCCGGCGCUGUCGCGGCGCGAGGCGCGGGGUGGCGCGGGCGGCCAUGGCGGUGGCGCGGAGCGGCGGGCGCGGGGGCGCGGGGCGGGCGCGGCGGGCGCUGGAGCAGAGGGGACGGGGGGCACCCACUGAGGCACGCGGCCAUCGACUGCAUCCGGCGCGCCGCCAAAGAGAGACGGCGACGCCACGGCGCGGGGGAGAGCGGGGACGGCAUCGGGAGGGGGGGUGACGUCAUCGGGAACAGGGGUGAUGUCAUCGGGAGCGGGGGUGACGUCACUGGGAGAAGUGGUGAUGUCAUCGGGAGAGGUGGUGAUGUCAUUGGGAGGGGCAGUGACGUCAUCGGGAGGGGUGACAUCAUCGGGAGCAGGGGUGAUGUCAUCAGGGGCAGGGGUGAUGUCAUCGGGAGGGGUGGUGAUGUCAUUGGGAGAAGUGGGCAAGUGACGUCACGGGGGAGGGCGCGGCGGCGGCGCCGGGGACACCCCGGGGACGAUGGCGAUGGCGGCGUCGGGGCCAAGGUCGCCAGGUUCGGGGGCGAUGACGUCAUCGGCGACCGCAAUGACGUCACCACCGCCGCCGGUGAUGUCAUAAGCCAUCACAGUGACGUCAUCGCCAGUGACAGUGACAUCAUAAGGGGUCACGAUGAUGUCAUAAGCCAUCACGAUGACAUCAUAAGGGGUAACGAUGAUGUCAUAAGAAGUCGCAGUGAUGUCAUAAGGGGUCGUGAUUGCGCCAUCGCUGGUGGUGAUGACGUCAUAAGGGGUGAUGACAUCAUAAGGGAUAAUGAUGUCACGAGUGGUCAUGAUGACGUCACAAUGUGUUGCGAUGACGUCGUAAUGGGUCGCAAUGACGUCACAAGGUGUAGUGAUGACGUCACAAGGGCUCACGAUGAUGUCACGAGGGCUCACGAUGACGUCACAAGGGCUCACGAUGACGUCACAAGGGCUCACGAUGACGUCACGAGGACUCACGAUGACGUCACGAGGGCUCGCGAUGACGUCACGAUGGCUCACGAUGACGUCACGAUGGCUCGCGAUGACGUCACGAGGGCUCACGAUGACGUCACGAGGGCUCACGAUGACGUCACGAGGGUUCACGAUGACGUCAUCCGCCGCCUCGACGACUUCGCCGCCUCCCUGGGCUCCGCCCCCCUGGACCUGACGGGUCACGUGAUCCCGGGGGCGGCCGAGGCGGGCGCCGAUGACGUCACCGAUGACGUCACCGAGGAGGACGAUGACGUCACGGGGGGUUACCUGCUGCGCGGCUGCGACGUCUUCGUGACGCGGGAGCCAUGCGCGCUCUGCGCCAUGGCCCUGCUGCACGCCCGCGUGCGCCGCGUCUUCUACGGAGAGCGCCGCGCCCAGGGAGCGCUGGGGACGCGCUACGGCAUCCACGGGCACCCCCGGCUCAACCACCGCUACCGGGUGUAUGCCGGGGUAACUGGGGAUACUGGGAACACUGGGAACACUGGGAGCACUGGGGAUGGGUAACUGGGAGCACUGGGAGCACUGGGGACGCGCUACGGCAUCCACGGACACCCCCGGCUCAACCACCGGUACAGGGUGUAUGCUGAACUGGGAGAUACUGGGGAUACUGGGAGUACUGGGAACACUGGGGAUGGGUAACUGGGGAUACUGGGAACACUGGGGAUGGGUAACUGGGAGCACUGGGAGUGCUGGGGACGCGCUACGGCAUCCACGGACACCCCCGGCUCAACCACCGGUACAGGGUGUACACCGGACUGGGGGAUACUGGGAGCACUGGGAAUGGGUAACUGGGGAUACUGGGAGCACUGGGAGCACUGGGAAUGGGUAACUGGGGAUACUGGGGAUACUGGGAGCGCUGGGAAUGGGUAACUGGGAGCACUGGGAGCGCUGGGGACGCGCUACGGCAUCCACGGACACCCCCGGCUCAACCACCGCUACCGGGUGUAUGCUGGGGUAACUGGGGAUACUGGGAGCACUGGGAACACUGGGGAUGGGUAACUGGGAACACUGGGGAUACUGGGGAUGGGUAACUGGGAGCACUGGGAGCACUGGGGACGCGCUACGGCAUCCACGGACACCCCCGGCUCAACCACCGGUACAGGGUGUACGCCGAACUGGGAGAUACUGGGAGCACUGGGAGCACUGGGAGUACUGGGAAUGGGUAACUGGGGAUACUGGGAGUGCUGGGAAUGGGUAACUGGGAGCGCUGGGGACGCGCUACGGCAUCCACGGACACCCCCGGCUCAACCACCGGUACCGGGUGUACACCGGACUGGGGGAUACUGGGAGUACUGGGAGCACUGGGAGUACUGGGGAUGGGUAACUGGGAGCACUGGGAGCGCUGGGGAUGGGUAACUGGGAGCACUGGGAGUACUGGGAAUGGGUAACUGGGAGCACUGGGAGCGCUGGGGACGCGCUACGGCAUCCACGGACACCCCCGGCUCAACCACCGGUACUGGGUGUAUGCUGAACUGGGGGAUACUGGGGAUACUGGGAGCACUGGGAGUACUGGGGAUGGGUAACUGGGGAUACUGGGGAUACUGGGAGCACUGGGGAUGGGUAACUGGGAGCACUGGGAGCGCUGGGGACGCGCUACGGCAUCCACGGGCACCCCCGGCUCAACCACCGCUACCGGGUGUAUGCUGAACUGG